AUGUAUGUGUCCAAACAGGUGCCAGAGUCCACAUGCUCUGCGACCUGUGAUCCUGGACAAGUGCGCAGAGUCAAAGGGUUCCACUCCUGCUGCUUUGGCUGCAUCGACUGUCAGCCUGGAACCUUCCAGGCUGACAAAGGUGAUAUUCAGUGCAGACCUUGUCAAAAGCGCCAAUGGUCCACCAUACGCAGCACGUCCUGCACUGAUCCCACCUUUGAGGUCCUGUCAUGGGACAUGACAGAGUCUGUGGUGAUGGUGAUAGCUGGAGCUCUGCUGCUGCUGUGCCAGAGUGCAGUGCUGUUGCUGUUCCUCAGACACAGGAGCAGUCCCCUGGUGCUGGCCUCAGGUGGGACACUGGCCUUUGUGGCGUUGCUUGGCCUGAUGGGGGCGUGCCUGAGCCUGGUGCUGUUCCUGGGACAGCCCACAGACACAGUGUGUCGGUUGCAGGUGCCACUCACCUCCAUUUGGCAAACAGUGGCUCUGUCCAUCCUCGCCUCCAUUUCUCUACAGGUGUUCUUUGUGUCAGAGUUCCCUCAGCGGGCCGCCCCUCACCUCCAUACCAUCCGUGGCCCGGGCAGCUGGCUCCUGGUGCUGUCCUGCUGUGUGGCUCAGGCUGGUAUCUGUGGCUGGUUUGUGCAGGAGGGCCCUUCUCUCUCAGCCUACAUGGAGAAAAUGGAGAUCACCUUUGUGCGUGCGUUUCUGAGCUGCCCUGUGGAGCCGCAGAUUGGCUUUGGUCUGUUACAGGGCUUUAAUGUGGUCCUGGCCCUGGUCUCCUUCAUGAGCACCUUCAUGGCUGUGAAGCCUUUUCACCAGUACAACCUGUCCCGGGACAUCACCUUCUCCUGCCUCAUUUACUGUGUCAUCUGGGUCACCUUCAUCCCCAUUUACAUCGGGCUGAAAGGCAAGCAGAAGUCCAUUGUCCACAUCUCUUUCUCUCUGUCCAGUAACUUUGGGCUGAUGGCAGCGUACUUCUUCCCCAAGUGCUUUCUGAUGAUGAGGAACCCUGAGCUCAACAAAGCCGAGUAUUUCUGCACCGUUCUGGAGGGAGUUCCUCCGACUCCUCCUGAGGACGAGCCGCAGCCUCAAACUGAGACAGAAUCUGCGCAUUAA